AUGCAUUUUAAUCAAAUACUAUUAUUCAUUACAUUUUUCAUUUCUUCAAUUUAUGGUUUAGCAGAUCAAGGUGAUGGUCAAGGUGCUAAAACAAGUGAACAAACAAUAGUUUGGAUAACAACAACAAUAAGUGGUCAAUUAACAACUGCUUCAACUUUAUAUAGUCAAUCAUUUAUGAGUACUUAUUCAGAAGCAAAUAAUGAUGGAGUAAGUAGUGGUGCUGUUGGUUUAGGUUCAAUAAGUGGAUCAAUCGGAAGUCAUAGAUCUUAUGAUCAAACUACAAUUUCAUCAAAGGGAGAAGCAAUUAAUGAAUUUAUGAAUCUAUCAUACAAUAUUUAUGGUGGAAUUUUGGGAGGUUUAUUAUUAUUAUUGGGUUUAAUUUAG